GCCCAAGUUCCGUUAGCAGGUUCGGUUGCUCCAGAAUGCCUUUUCGCCCCGAAGGGCGGGACCGACGGGAUGGGCCCUGUGGCUGGCUCCUCCCUCUGCAUCCUACUCUCUCCGCCCCUCCGGUCGCUUGGUGGCGUCUCAGGACGCAGCGUGAUGACGUAGAUCCCCGACAUUCCAUAUACAAGAUGGCCGCAGUCGGCAAGGAGAGACGUCGCUGAGGGGCUUGCCUGAAGCGAGGGCAUGGAGCUUUUGGAGAGUGUCUUUAUUCUGACUGAAAGAAAAGGAAGAGGAUGAAAAAGCAAGAACAGUUUAAAGGAGCUCUUCUCUCAUGGACCACUUCCAUCCACCCACUCCCCAAAUCACAAGAUGCACAUUUGGUUUACAUCAGUGAAUUCAGUGAUUUGUGCAGAUGUGAAUUAACCCAAUCCCAUGACUUGUCUAAGUGAAAGUGCCUCCAUGGAAUAAACUGAAAAGGGGUGCUGGAUGGAAGAGAUGGUUAGUUUUAGAACAUAAAUCUUUGUCAAGAUUAAGACAGGCCCAGGUUUUGCUGAAGAAUGGAAUCUGGACCAGCGUUAGAGGACCUGUAUGUCUAGUGAAGAAAAACCAGAAGAAAGAUUCUAACAUUUUCAGAGAACCUUUUGGAAAGAACAAGUCUACUUCAAUAAAUGAAGGAGAAUAAAGAAAAUUCAAGCCCUUCAGUAACUUCAGCAAACCUGGACCACACAAAGCCAUGUUGGUACUGGGAUAAGAAAGACUUGGCUCAUACACCCUCACAACUUGAAGGACUUGAUCCAGCCACCGAGGCCCGGUACCGCCGAGAGGGCGCUCGGUUCAUCUUUGAUGUGGGCACACGUUUGGGGCUACACUAUGAUACCCUGGCAACUGGAAUAAUUUAUUUUCAUCGCUUCUAUAUGUUUCAUUCCUUCAAGCAAUUCCCAAGAUAUGCCAAUAUGGACCAUAGUCAUAUUGCGCUUUGUAUGAAAGUUUACUCCCGUGGUACCUUUCCCAGCAUAAAUUUGGGCUUAUAAUUGAGACUCAACAAAGACCAAGAAAGCAAAAUGGAACAGAAGUUGUCUAUGCCAUAUCACUCAUUCUUCGGUUACUCCUCAAGACGUGCAUUGUGUCUUACUCUCUGUGGGAGAUAGAGUAGCUUUCAGUCCAGGAUAAGUGGUAUAACAUGCACAGAACACGUGAUGGAAAGUGAGGCCAUCGGAAGAUACUGAUAAAAGAGUUGUGGCAUUCAAGGAGGAGACAACUUACAUCUUGGAGAGAGCAGGGAAAGUGCUAGGAAGAAGGUGCCAGCAUUAAGGUGACAGGAGCCUGUUGCCUCUUUCUGGCUGGGAAAGUAGAAGAAACACCAAAAAAAUGUAAAGAUAUCAUCAAAACAGCUCGUAGUUUAUUAAAUGAUGUACAAUUUGGCCAGUUUGGAGAUGACCCAAAGGAGGAAGUAAUGGUUCUGGAGAGAAUCUUACUGCAGACCAUCAAGUUUGAUUUACAGGUAGAACAUCCAUACCAGUUCCUACUAAAAUAUGCAAAGCAACUCAAAGGUGAUAAAAACAAAAUUCAAAAGUUGGUUCAAAUGGCAUGGACAUUUGUAAAUGACAGUCUCUGCACCACCUUGUCACUGCAGUGGGAACCAGAGAUCAUAGCAGUAGCAGUGAUGUAUCUCGCAGGACGUUUGUGCAAAUUUGAAAUACAAGAAUGGACCUCCAAACCCAUGUAUAGGAGAUGGUGGGAGCAGUUUGUUCAAGAUGUCCCCGUCGACGUUUUGGAAGACAUCUGCCACCAAAUCCUGGAUCUUUACUCACAAGGAAAACAACAGAUGCCUCAUCACACCCCCCAUCAGCUGCAACAGCCCCCGUCUCUUCAGCCUACACCACAAGUGCCGCAAGUACAGCAGUCACAGCCGUCUCAAAGCUCCGAACCAUCCCAGCCCCAGCAGAAGGACCCCCAGCAACCAGCCCAGCAGCAGCAGCCAGCCCAACAGCCCAAGAAACCCUCUCCGCAGCCCAGUUCUCCCCGACAGGUUAAGCGAGCCGUGGUUGUUUCUCCCAAAGAAGAGAACAAAGCAGCAGAACCACCACCACCUAAAAUCCCCAAAAUUGAGACCACUCAUCCACCGUUGCCUCCAGCCCACCCACCUCCAGACCGGAAGCCUCCCCUCGCUGCUGCCUUAGGUGAGGCUGAGCCGCCGGGCCCUGUGGAUGCCACUGACCUCCCCAAAGUCCAGAUUCCCCCUCCGGCCCACCCGGCCCCUGUGCACCAGCCACCGCCGCUGCCACACCGGCCCCCGCCCCCGCCCCCCUCCAGCUACAUGACCGGGAUGUCCACCACCAGCUCCUACAUGUCUGGAGAGGGCUACCAGAGCCUGCAGUCCAUGAUGAAGACCGAGGGACCCUCCUACGGUGCCCUGCCCCCCGCCUACGGCCCACCUGCACACCUGCCCUACCACCCCCAUGUCUACCCGCCCAACCCGCCCCCACCACCUGUGCCUCCUCCCCCAGCCUCCUUCCCCCCACCUGCCAUCCCACCCCCUACUCCUGGCUACCCCCCACCCCCACCCACCUACAACCCCAACUUCCCACCCCCACCCCCACGCCUCCCGCCUACCCACGCAGUCCCCCCUCAUCCUCCUCCAGGGUUGGGCCUGCCGCCAGCCAGCUACCCACCUCCUGCCGUCCCCCCUGGAGGACAGCCUCCUGUGCCCCCGCCCAUUCCCCCACCCGGCAUGCCUCCAGUUGGGGGGCUGGGGCGGGCAGCCUGGAUGAGAUAACGUGAGCCUUUUUUCCCUCUUUGUUUUUUUAACAAGAUUUUCUAAUCGACUUGCAGAGUAGUUGAAGUGGGUAAGCAGCAGGGUACCUUGUAUAAUGCGCGACAGUUGCAGUAUGGGAAGAAUGGACCGGGCCCCUGGGAUAAAAUCAGAGUGGUCCUCACACCUAGAGGACGGGGACAACCAGCUUUCAGAGUAGCCUCAUCAGUGCCCUUGCAGUCUGACUGUGUACACUUGGUUCAGCUAAUGUCUGAGAGUCCUGCACUGGGUUACUUUAUACUAGUGAGGACGUUAACCAGCCAUAUUGGCUCAAUAAAUAGCUUCGGUAAGGAGUUAAUUUUCUUCUAGAAAUCAGUGCCUAUUUUUCCUGGAAACUCAAUUUUAAAUAGUCCAAUUCCAUCUGAAGCCAAGCUGUUGUCAUUUUCAUUCGGUGACAUUCUCUCCCAUGACACCCAGAAGGGGCAGAAGAACCACAUUUUUCAUUUAUAGAUGUUUGCAUCCUUUGUAUUAAAAUUAUUUUGAAGGGGUUGCCUCAUUGGAUGGCUUUUUUUUUUUCCUCCAGGGAGAAGGGGAGAAAUGUACUUGGAAAGUAAUGUAUGUUUACAUCUCUUUGCAAAUUCCUGUACAUAGAGAUAUAUUUUUUAAGUGUGAAUGUAACAACAUACUGUGAAUUCCAUCUUGGUUACAAAUGAGACUCCUUCAGUCAGUUAUCCAAAUAAAAGCAGUUCUGAAACUA